AUGGUCGGAAUAGAAUUUAUUGACUACCUGAAGAAGCUCCAGGUGUCGGAAUUCCUCGGCGUCGAGGAUUUUGCCGACAAGAUGAGCUUCAUGUAUUCAGUCGUUAUCCUACUGCUGUGCACAACGAUCAUCGCAGUAAAGCAGUAUCUCUUAGCUUCUAUCUCCUGCUACAUUCCUACGACGCCCUCCGGAUCGGAUUUCGACAAAUUUCUUGAGAAUUACUGUUGGGUGCACGGUACAAUACCCCUCUUGGCUGGCGAUCAAAUCCCACAAAAGUAUGAAGACUGGCACAUGCUGGACAUGAACCACAGAAUCAGUAAGUAAAGUCAAAUACUAAUGUACUUAUUUUUUAAAAAAUUACUUGUAACUCGGGGUUGAAAUGAGUAGCACAGAAAUCAUCUGUCUAAAAAGAUGAGUUAUGUAAUUUGCUCUUACUAAAACCAGCAAACAGUCACUUUCUCGGGACGCUUUAGGCCAAUAAUUAAAAGUUUCGCCAUUUGAGGUGUCCUAAAUUAUCAUAUGGAUUUCCCUCACUACAUACCAUGAGUUACAUCACUUACUGUGACUCAGGCACAAGAAUUAUUCAAAGUCAGGUGACAUUUUUGUUGCAAGGAUUGUGUUGCGCGGAGGACAUGCGAGGUAGUAUUGCGCUCGAAAGAUCAUCUGGAGCGUUUCGCGCUUCAUCACCUGAGGGCCUACAUUAGGCACAUGUUUCAAGGUAGAGCCCGGAAGGUUUGCUAUUGAGGUAAGGGCAGUAUGUCGGGCAGUCAUAUGUGGAUUGCUGGAGGUAUCGGCACAUAUGAAAGUGGUCUGCAGCCACCACUAGGUCAGCCAGUGAUUUUAAAAGCCAUAUUUAGACUUUGGAAAUAUUCUUACGUGAUAUGUAAGGAACCAGAGUCCUAAUAAGCAAAUAAAUGUUAUCUGAAGUACAGUUUGUUAAGUGUAGUUAAUUUCGCUCCCGUGAUUUUUAUGGUUUUAAGGCAACCGUUGUCUUUCUGUUUAGGCAGGGAUCACUCCUAGAGUCCAUUAAGCUAUAAGGUCAUAUAUGGUGUAUGGAGAUGAAUCUAUUGUUCAGUAUCAAAAUUUGUCAAGUUAGGCAUGUACUGGAUUGCGUAAAUCAGUUGGACUGGAUCCGAUAUCUAUCUUCGGAGAUUUCCUGAAAUCACUAUAAAUUCGUGUGCUGAUUUCAGCAAACAUGGGACAUUAAAAAGCGGUUUUUGACAGGGUCCUGAGUUCUUUAAUUAUUCUCUCAGAUUAUUCAUUCAGUCGUUGUCGUCGUCGUCUGCUUUGCUAAGUUUUCCAUCGUUGACUGGGGAAGCGGGAAGUUGGAACAGAAUGCAAUGGCUCCAGCAGCAAUUAUAAGAUGACUGCGUUUUUAUGACCGAUACACCGACAAUACGCUGUCAUAGUAAAAAAAACCGACUUGUGGAACUUUUUGUUAAGGGUUUAGAAUAUGCAUUUAUGAGGAAUUGUAGAUUGGUACGUUGCAUCAGCAAGCCGUCUCCACUUCUACAGGCUCGGUUGGUAAGAGAUGACUUUUAAUUAAAGAGAAGUCCCACGCGGGAGAUGAAAGAAACAGAGCAAAGUAGUGACCCACAUAUUCGUCAAGUAGGAAGCCAAAUUUAAAUAAUUAAGGGUAAGGCGGAAGAUUAUCCACCUUGGUAAAACGUCCGUGGUGAGAAUGCAUAGCCUGAAAGUUCUCUGUCUUGCAGGGAUAGUAAAUGAUACCUGCUGAACUAACUAAUAAGGGACCAUACAAGAUCCUUUUGGGAUGUAUCCUGAAAGAGAUGGUUGAAAAGUGCCAUCAGGUGCCUGCUGUGUGCUUGAAUGUAUUGCACCAGCCCAGUUGGUUUCCUCUACAACGCUUUUUUGUGAAAGCGGACUCAAGUUGCCCAACAACAAGGAAAGAUAUCCUUUGAGAGUCGAAACCAUUUUCUAAUGUCUUAUCUGGCCAUGUGAACUGACAGUUUGUCAGUAGUAGUGGCUUUCUCCUGCCUGCAUGGCCUUCUUUUUUCCGUGUCUACGUCAAUAACACUGACCCGAUCAAGCACCCAAACCAGUGAAUCUAAACAAUCAAACCACACGUGUUCUCCUACUCCAGGACCUAAAGACAGACGAAAGUCCAGUUUCAGUUUAAGUACCUGUCUGCACACAAAUGGACAAAUUACAUUAACAGCCGUGCUGGUGUAAGGUCGCAUUUCUGAUGCCUCGAAAUAAAAGUUUUGAUUUUUUAUUUGCUAUUCGUUUGGACUUUCUCUUUAAGUAAUUAGUCGAGAGUUUCGGUCAUAGUUACCGGUCUUAUGGAACAAGAACUAUCAGUAGGUACUUCUUAGAAAAGGCAAAUUUAAGGUCUAUUGUUGCAUAGUUUAAAUUUCCUUUACUUUUAAGGACCACCACUUGCAGAGCUGAUGGCCAGUCCUGAAAUCAUAGAAUGUACAAUAUUCUUGCUAUUGGAUUAACAAGUUCAUUCUCGAAAUCAAAGCAACAAACAUUCACAAAUCUGAUUUUUAAAGUGAACAACUCAGUUAUAGAUAUUCCUUCCCAGUGGGGUUUUACUGCGUAGAAAUCAAGAUGACAUGCUGUAUGCUAAAUUAAAAUUCAACGAGAUAUGCAAGAGUAGGAAGUACUUAGAACGGUCGUUGAAGUCCAGCAUCUCGAUUUAUCACUAUAGAUAGGCACUUUAGCUGUAAAUAUGCAAUUCUUCUACGUCUUCCACUUAGGGAAGUUCAGUAUACUGGGUCGCCGCCGGGAGACCCCCAAAUCCGCUUUUGGAAAACUAACUUAACUGUCUGUAUUAAAUCUGGCGUUUCUUCUGCGACGACUGUCUAUCCCGGCAAACUACAUAUUUCCUGUUCCGUGGUUGUUCCGUCGUGCUUUCGUAGCUCUUGCAUUAGCUACUGAAGUGAAAAGGAAAGCUAGCUUACAAACGCUGGCAAUUAAAGGCCGCCCUAACAGGCUAAAUGCGCAGGACUGAGAGGAUUUAAUUUAAGAAAGUCGUCAACUGAUUAUACCUUAGCUCGUGGCAGCAAAAGUAAAUCCAAGCAAAUGGAGCAUUUAAGCAGCGUGAACAAACUCGGCUUUAAUUAUCUUUUUUCAUCAAUUUCAUUAUAUACCCUAACGUUGAGACGGAUUUUCCUGCCAAACAAUAGACAGCACACAUGUGCAUCGUAUGCAGACCGGCGAACGAUUGUGGACGCAAACUUUCAGUAGUGCAGAAGGAAAUAAGUUACUCACUACGCCUUCAUUUCUGUCUUUUCGAAACGACGCCUGGAAAACAAGAAUCCAAGGCGCUAACACCAACGGCCGCAUUCUUUAAGCAAAACAUGCAAUUGCCUUAGUCGUAAACUAAUACUGGCGACAGAAGUGGCCUGUUUAUCUCCCACAUUAAGUAUUUAAAUAUUUUAUCGCCAUCGGAUCUUGAUGUGUCUAAGUAUUUUAUUACGUGCAUCUUGCCUCCGACUAAAUAAGGCUCAUUGUCUUACGUAGAGUUUGGGUAUGAGAAAGCUUUAAUACUCGGUUUUAAAGUAAAAACAGUGACUCAUUUUCCAAGUUUGUUUUUUUGUCUGAUUUUGCAUAUCCCACCUGAAAGAGGAAUGCUUUUAGCUGUCGGCCGCUUAAAUAAACUGUGAGAGAUUCUUGAAGCAAAUGGUUUCAUUAACAUUAUGGCCGUCUUGAAUGCAAAUGCUGAGUGUUAUUUCUUAGUAUUUGCCAUCUUUAAAAUUUCGUGCAACUCAGCUCUGCAAAGCAAUAAUUCUACUGAAAGUAGAUUGCAAGUUUGCGGAAAAUUCAUAUUUAAUGGAAGUUCGAAUAUUAUUCGGAAGUUCCUACAUUUCCUCACAAAACAGUGAAAACUUCAUUGCCAUUUUAGAUGACGGCCUUGAUUUUUUUUAGAAAGCAGUCGUAUUUUGACGGAACCAGAUGCAUUUCCGAACUAUAUUUCCUCAAAAAUCUAGACUUUUCAGUAAGACGGUUCUCAGUAAUGGGACGUUGCGUGAUUCCACAUAAAUACUGCAGUAAUAUGGGGGUCACAAAAUAUCGGCCUCUUCGUGAUAUGCUAAGGUUACGUGAUCAUGCUGCUGAUAGCGCGAAAUAGUCGACUUUUUUUAAAAUUGUGCAGUUAAGUAUUAUAUUAUAUCGUGUCCUUUAAAACCCGUCGGGUUUCCAUUGGGAAGUUUUGUUCGAAACGGAGAAUAGAGAACAAUCUAACUUCUGGAGUUCAGCUUUCAGCGGCUUAGAAAAUGACGCACCAUGAGUAGCGACAGUAAAAAGAGGUUGGGUUUAAAAAUUCUAAGGCAACUGUCUGUUCUGAAUAGUUCACAACGGAUGUCUGAAAACGAAAUAUAGAGCUCAAUCUGAUUUAACUGACAAAAUUGAUAACGGGACACUUCGGAUACCUAUACCGAAUACUAGUAAACUUUAAAUGAAAUCUAAUGUAAAAUCUAAAGCAUUUAGUUUCGGCUGCGUACUGGUUUGCAUAGGACAUACCCCCAAGCGCUCACGCGUACACUAACCCGUAAUGCUGUUCGAGGGGCGUGCACCGAUCGCGUUACGGAACUCACUCGUCCCGUUGUGCCUUGGGGCUGCUUCUUGAGUCCCACCAACAGCCGCAUACCGACGCGUAAUAUAGGCAAAAUAAAUACCGAAAAUAACAAGAGAGAUCGGCACGGCUAUUUCUGGCUUGUUGUCCGUCACCAGCCAGCCACGCCCAACUCCGUGGUCUGCAACCUCCAGGCUCGAACUCGCGACCUGUGGGUUGUAAGUCUAACGCCCUAACCACUGAGCCACGGACUCGUUGUCUUAUCGGUUGCGGUCGAGUACAUUAACAAUGGUAGAGGGGCAUGCAUCGAUCCAAUCAGAACCAACAAGUCACGAUCUCGAGCCUCCGGUAUUGCAUACCUCGGAGGUUGCGUGUGACUAGCUGAUGACGGUUAGCAAGCCAGAUAUAUCUAUGGCAGUCUCCCUCGUCUUUAUCGGUAAUUAUAUUCUGCCAAUAACUUGUUAUCUGAUCCUAACACGGGUGGAGAUUGCGCCCGAGAUCGAUUAAGUACUCCUCCUUUAUUCCAUUAGUUUUCCGUGCCGAUACAAGUCUAUUUUGUUUCCUGGAAUAAUGAAUGCAAAUUUUAAUUCAUUCAUUUAUUUAAUAGAAAACUGACGUUUCUAAUUUUUCAGCUAUUUUUAUGAUUUGUUCAGGCCUAAAAAUGCUGAAUAAUCUAUAUAUCUCAAGAAAUGUUUUUUUCGAAAUUACAUUACCUUUUAAUAUUCUAAACAUUUGUUCUGCAUUUUUUAGAGGAAUGCGUUUUAUAACAAAGCAUUGCAGAGCACAAAAAUGGUUCUGCAUGAAUUAAUCAGAAGAAUUAAUAAGUGCACUAGUAUAAGGAGACGCAAAUAAUUUCCCAGCACCUUUCAAAUUUUUAUAGUUGCAAACGAUCUGAAAAGUAAGUGAGUCCUUCCUUCACGCGUAUUUAAACAGUUCGGCUAAUAUUCGUCGCGUUUCUCUGCUUACUUGAAUUUCACGCUUUCUAAAACCGAUUGUAACUUUGGGCCAAACGGUCAAUAAGUGCAUUUCUAAGAGGCCAGACACGCGAACCAUUCUAAACAAAUGUAAAAAUACCACCAUAAAUGAAAGCAGAUAUGCUCUAAAUGCUUGUGUCCUGAUUUCUUGUAUCAGGUGAAUUUAUCACUGAGAGUUUCUUAUGAAAACACCUUACACGAUACCUCACCUUUUGAAAUUUGCAGAUUACUACCAAUGGGUGCCUUUCAUGUUGGGCCUCCAGACCAUUCUCUUCUACAUGCCACGAGUGGUCUGGCAAAUUAUAUGCUAUAAUCGCACCGGCACUGAUCUGGAACAUCUGAUUACCGUGGCCAACAGUGCCAGUAACGCUGUUGAAAACGAGCGAAAGGGUCUUGUUAAACACGUUGCAUGUACCUUGGAAGAGAUGCUUUUCCAACACCGUGAGUACAGUCUUGGCAAAGUUGCGACGGUUCGCCGAAAGGCCUUUACAAUGUGCGGCAUGUUCGUGGCCAGCAAACGUCUCGGCACAUGGCUCAUCUUUACAUACAUUGCCAUAAAACUUGUUUACUUGGCAAAUGCAAUUGGUCAACUCUACCUCAUGCAGAGCUUCCUCGGCUUUAAUGCCUCCAUGUCCAGCUUUGGCUACGUUUUGGCCUCUUACAUGGUCGAAGGUCGUGACUGGGAUGAGACUCGCAUCUUUCCACGCGUCUCCUUCUGCUACCUAGAACACGUUCGUCAUCUUGGCACCACAAACAAGUAUGUCGCCCAGUGUGUCCUGCCAGUGAACAUGCUAAACGAGAAGCUCUACAUAUUCCUCUGGUUCUGGACUCUUCUGGUUGCAAUCUGCACUGCCAUCAGCAUCCCUCUGUGGAUCCUGCGAAUGGGUCUAGAAAAGAAUAGGUCACACUUCGUGAAGAAAUUCCUCCGUCUGCAGGAAAUUUACACUGACGAGGAUCGUGAAAUUCUGCAUAACUUCAUCUGCGACUUCCUGCGCCACGAUGGUAUCUUCCUACUGAGAAUGAUUUCCAUGAACGCCGGCGAUGUGGUUACUUCGGACGUGGUUGCUGCUCUGUGGAACAUCUACAGGACCAAGUACAAGAACCGAAAGAUGCUGCAUGAUAUUGCAAAGGACAUCUUGGCCAGAAAGAAUCUCCUUGAACUGGGCGGAGAUACGACCCAGCGACGAAGCGUCGCCGACAAGAGUGCUCUUGUUUGA